AUGACUCAAGAGAAUCAGAGUUUCUCACUGCUCGAUGCUAGCAUCGCGGAGCUUCAAUCAGCUCUAUCUGCAGGAUCGCUAUCUAGCGUGGAACUCGUAUCAAAAUACUUACGGAGAAUUUCAUACUACGAUGCAAAUGGUCUGAAGCUCAGCGCAAUCCCAAUCAUUAACCCAUCUGCAAUCGAUGAUGCCGCGGCUUCUGAUUCCAGACGGGCGGCUGGCCUACCACCAAGACCACUCGAGGGCAUCCCAUACCUCGCCAAAGACAGUAUCAAAGUCAAGGGCAUGAGUGUCGCAAGUGGCUCACCGGCUUUCGAGACCCUGAUUGCCAACGAGGAUGCAGCAUGCAUUCAGAUCCUCCGGGAUGCCGGUGCGAUUUUGCUCGGCCGCACCAACAUGCCUGCAAUGGCAUACGGUGGAAUGCAGCGCGGCUGCUACGGUCGUUCCGAAAGCCCAUAUAACAAUGAAUAUUUGGCUGCGGCGUAUGCAUCUGGCUCUUCAAAUGGCUCCGCAGUAGCUACAGCUGCCAACUUCUGCGCUUUUUCUCUGGGCAGUGAGACUGUUUCAUCGGGUCGGUCCCCCGCCUCCAACAACUCAGUUGUAGCCUACACACCUUCCAAGGGUCUUCUCCCUUUACGAGGUGUCUGGCCUCUCUAUGCCACUUGUGAUGUCUUGGUACCUCAUACUAGGACCGUGGAAGACUUGUUCCAUGUCCUGGACGUCCUGGCCCUUUCCGAUCCCACACCGAAAGGCGAUUUCUACCAGGAACAGAAACUCAUUUCCAUACCUUCAAUUGACACACUCCGACCUCAAUCAUUUUCAGCACUACGCGAAAAUGCUUCACUCCGUGGCAAACGUAUCGCUGUUCCCUCCAUGUACAUAGGCGGUGAUCAAUCGUCGCUCAACCCAGCUAGCAGAGUCAACACUCGAGCCUCCAUUAUCAAGCUCUGGCAACAAGCUCGCACAGUCUUGGAAUCACUGGGUGCAGAGGUUGUCGAAACCGACUUUCCACUUGUCACAAGCUACGAGGCGAAUGCCGACAAGGGCCAAUUGGUCACAGUCGCAGGCCUCCCAGAAGGCUGGUCAUCAAUGGAGCGGAGUGAACUCGUUGCGCAUAUUUGGGAUGAUUUCCUCAUUGCAAACGGACAGGAAGGCCUCGAUUCUCUUUCAAAGGUCGAUCCAUCCACUAUAUUUCCACUCGCACCUGGCUCCUUGAAAGGCGCCCCCGACGCAGCGAAUGCGUUGCGAUGGGAUGAGAUGGUGAAGUAUCCACUUCGAAGACCAGAUUCUAUUUUCGAUGUUCCUGGGAUCGAAAAAGCAAUCCAGGCUUUAGAGAAUGCGCGCAAAGAGACACUUGAGAAUUGGAUGGAUGGGCUUGGACUCGAUGCUGUGGUUUUCCCGGCAAAUGGUGAUGUCGGUGCCGCGAACGCAGAUUGUGAUGAAGCUGCUUCAGUUUAUGCUUGGAGCAACGGAGUCAAAUACUCCAACGGCAAUCGACCCAUUCGCCACCUAGGUGUACCGACCAUAUCGGUACCCAUGGGGGUGAUGGAGGAUAUCGGAAUGCCUGCAAAUCUGACUUUCGCUGGCAAGGCUUAUGAUGACAACAGCCUGCUUAAGUACGGAUUCGCGUUUGAAGCGGCGAUGAAGGGUCGCGUGCAACCUUCCUCUGUGCCUGCAUUGAGCUCCGACGUGAUCAGUAGUACACAGGGUCCUCAUUCGUGGACUUCUCUGCCCACUGCUGAGUUAGUGGUACAAACACAGUCAAAGCAGAUCGAAGACUCAAAUGUUGUGGUUCGGAUUGAGGGGACUGUGGUGCCUGAUGAUAUUGAAUUGGAUUCACUGUCAUGUUUCGUCAACGGCGAGCCUUUUAACGCCAUCUCCGAUGGUGAUAGAUGGUUCCUUGUUGCAUCAUAUUCCCUCUCUGGCCGUGAUCAGAACUGGGAAAGGUGGUCGAGUCCUGCAUUGACCCAAACCAUCGUGAUUGUAAAUGCCCGUACGAAGUCGGGUUUCACAACUGGAAAGUUGAUCGUUUUGUAA